GAAUUAUAGUCUCUUGGAUCCAAAAACAAGAACGAGAGAGCACUUUACUUUACAGUUUUAAUAAUAAUCUCACGACUCAGCCACUUUUUGUUCACUUUAAGACUAAUUCCUGAACCCUAAUUUGUUUAGUUCUUCUUCUUCUUCUUCGUUGUCCAAAGGGUUUCAGAUUCUCUCUCGAUAUCCAAAGUUUCGAGUUUUUGGUUUGUAAAAUCGAGGAUGAGAGAAUCGAAAUCUGCCAAGUUGAAUCAGCUACAACAACAACAACAACAACAACAAGACAGUCACCAGGAUGUUCACUUGUCUCCAUCGACAUUAGCGAAAUUGUUCGAUCCCGAUGCUUCUUGGGACAAGGAUCAAUUGGGAGAUGUGUUGCAUUGGAUUAGACAAGUGGUUGGAUUGAUCUGUGGAUUGUUAUGGGGCUCUAUUCCUCUUGUUGGAGGCAUUUGGAUCAUUCUGUUUUUAGCAAUAUCCUCAGGGAUCGUUUACGGUUACUAUGCAAUGAUUCUCAAGGUUGAUGAAGAAGAUUUCGGAGGCCACGCAGCUUUACUCCAAGAGGGUCUCUUUGCCUCACUUACUCUCUUUUUGCUCGCAUGGAUUCUUGUCUAUAGCUUGGCACACUUCUGAAAAAAGAAAGCUGAGCAACAUUCUUUUUCACUCAGCAGCGAAUUGCUCGUUCUUUAUUACCUUCCAACCUUUGGAACGAAUCUCUGUUUUUUAAGUUUUGUUUUCGUGUAAACUAUAUGAAGAAGAUAAGGCUACCAGAGACAAAAGGUUAUAGUAACAAUUUUAUGAAUCUUUUGAAUGUUACAAAAUCUUUCUAUUA